CUUAUAACCACCCGCGCCACCACCGCCCGUCUCGUCUCACUUCCCCGUCGUCUCCUCCUCGUCCCAGACGGCAGCCAUCGUCUCCAUCUGUUUCCCUAGCGCGUACCAGCAGUCUCCGCGAUGCAGAGGCAUUCCUUCCAGGCACUCAACUCGACUUUCAUCGUCGACUCCGAGUAUCAGUUCGUGAAGGAGCUCGGCCAGGGUGCGUACGGAUGUGUCGUCUCGGCCAAGCACCGUAGAUCCGGAGAGGGGUGCGCAAUCAAGAAAAUCACCAACAUUAACACCAAGAGAAUCCUGACCAAGAGGUGUCUUCGUGAGAUCAAACUCCUCCACCACUUCCGAGGACACAAAAAUAUUACUUGCCUGUACGAUAUGGACAUUGUCUUCCGCCCAGAUGGCAACUUUGACGAGGUCUACCUCUACGAAGAGCUCAUGGAGGCCGACCUUCACGCCAUCAUUCGCUCGCAACAGCCCCUCUCCGACGCGCACUUCCAAUCCUUCAUCUACCAGACGCUCUGCGGUCUGAAGUACAUCCACUCGGCCAACGUCCUGCAUCGCGACUUGAAGCCGGGCAACCUCCUGGUCAAUGCCGACUGCGAGCUCAAGAUCUGUGACUUUGGGCUCGCGCGCGGGUACAGCCCCGCGGGCAACGGACAGGGCACGGCGAAGAAUGCUGCGAACCAGGGCUUCAUGACCGAAUACGUCGCGACGCGGUGGUAUCGUGCGCCCGAGAUCAUGUUGAGCUUUGCGAACUACGGUCCGGCAAUUGAUGUCUGGAGUGUGGGCUGCAUCCUCGCCGAGCUGCUCGCUGGCAAGCCGAUCUUCAAGGGCAGGGACUAUGUCGAUCAGCUCAACCAGAUUCUGCACUACCUCGGUACACCCUCAGAAGAUACCCUCCGCCGCGUCGGCUCUCCAAGAGCCCAAGACUACAUCCGCUCGCUCCCGAUCAAGCCGCGCGUGCCCUUCCAGACACUCUUCCCGCGCGCAAAUCCGCUUGCGAUCGACCUCCUUAGCCAGCUCCUCCACUUCGAUCCUGCGAAGCGCAUCACAUGCGAGCAGGCGCUCAACCACCCCUACCUCGCCGUCUGGCACGACCCCGCGGACGAGCCUGUGUGCCCAACGCCGUUCGACUUUAGCUUCGAAGAGGAGGACUCGAUCGAGGGCAUGAAGCGGCUGAUCGUUGACGAAGUGCAGACUUUCCGCGCGGAGGUGCGCGCGCAAGCGCGGGCAUCUGGGCAGAUCCGUCGACAGGACAGCCUGCCGAUCCCCACACGCGAAGAGAUCCUGUCGUCGCCGGUGCACGAGAAUGCUCCGCCGAACGGGGCGACGUCUGGCUUCACGGACAGCCAGGGCGGGGUGCGCGCGGAGAGCCCGGUGCUAGACGACCCGAGCGCAGAGCUGGAGCGCGAGCUCGCAGGGACGCACCUCGGGAAGCGGGCGUAGAACCCAACCGCUGGGUCGAGUACGAUGCCGGAGGGCGGGGUGGGGCGAGCAAAGGAGUCUUGAGAGGGGGUAUUUAUGAAGCUCGGGCUGUUGCGAUAGGCGAUGUAAGACCGGAAGGACGAAAGGAAGGGAUGGAAGGGAGGAGGUUACUUAGAUUAAAUCUGUUCUUCGCUGGAUGGCGCGUGGGCCGCCUUGUGUGUCAUGUUUACGUCUGUACACACAUGCAAUCACAGUAGUAAUUCGAACAUCGCGUCCUUACGACAUACACAGACCGCCGAUCGGCUCGGAUGACGGAACGGCCGUGACGUCACGCGCUCCGUACGCGUACGCCCGGCAGACGACGC